UAUCGCCAUCACCUGAUUCAGAAGCUGGGAUAUUACCGUUCCGUUUAGUAUUUGUUUAAUGUUUCAAGAAAUAACGGUAUUGUGUCAGGGCAUACCAUUUACGGGUUGAAAAGAUUUUCCUGAAAACGGCAUAAACCCGAUUUCAAAAAUUGACGACCAACAAAGAAAAAGCAUCAUGAUCUCCUUCAACAAUAUGAUGGCUCUGCAACAGCAGCAGAAACUUAUUACGCAGGCCUGUGAGAUGAGUAUGGACAACAAUGCAGCUAACAUUCAGAUUCAUCAAAAUGGAGGAACAAUUUCCCCAUCAUCCACAGGCUCCCAGAUGGAUGACAACAUUAGCAAGACAAACCUUAUUGUCAACUAUUUGCCUCAGACAAUGACUCAGGAAGAAAUCAGGGCGUUAUUUUCCAGUAUUGGAGAAGUCGAAAGUUGCAAGUUGAUCCGGGACAAACCCACAGGGCAAAGUUUAGGAUAUGGCUUUGUGAACUACAAGAAUAUCCAAGAUGCUGAUAAAGCGAUAAACACACUCAAUGGCUUGAGGCUUCAAAACAAGACCAUCAAGGUUUCAUUAGCUCGGCCCAGCAGUGAAAGUAUUAAAGGGGCUAACUUGUACAUAAGUGGUUUGCCAAAGUCUUUGACUCAAUUGGACUUGGAGAAACUAUUUUCAGACUGUGGACAAAUCAUUACUUCAAGAAUUCUUUAUGACCAAAAUACAGGUCUUUCCAAAGGGGUAGGUUUCAUUAGGUUUGAUCAGCGAAUAGAAGCAGAGAGAGCAAUACAGAAAUUGAACGGGUCAAUACCAGAUGGAGCAGCGGAGCCCAUUACAGUUAAAUUUGCCAACUCUCCGAGUUCAAACAAAACGGCUGCACUUGCCCCAAUAACACUGGCACCAUAUCUUCCCCAGACGCGGAGACUACCAGUAUUAGGACCAAUCCACCAUCCCGCUAGCAGAAUCAGGUACUCUCCAUUGGACAGCCUGAUUCCUUCAGCCGCUGCCACAACAGUUUCUACAGCUGCUGCUGGAAAUGCUCUCAGCGGUGCUGGCUGGUGUAUAUUUGUGUACAACUUAGCACCAGAAACAGAGGACAGUACAUUGUGGCAAUUAUUUGGGCCAUUUGGAGCAGUACAGAAUGUGAAGGUCAUCCGUGACUUCCAAACACAAAAAUGCAAAGGGUUUGGCUUCGUUACCAUGACACAGUAUGAAGAGGCGCUUAUUGCCAUUCAGAGUUUAAACGGGUUCGCACUGGGCAAUCGCAUCCUCCAAGUCUCCUUCAAAACCAACAGCAAAGGGAAGCCCUAAGGUUACUCAGGUGAAGUUCAAACUAGGAACCAUCUAGUCAUUUCUUACAAGUGCACUGCCAUGCUGUUAUUCAGUAUAGGUAGACUGUUCAGAUUAUACAA